AUGGGUUGGGUGACCGAGGUGGAGGGCGAGAUCCCGAAGGAGAUGGUCGGGACGCUGCUGCGCAACGGGCCGGCGAUGUACGAGAGAGAUGGGUUCGUGAAGAGUUAUCUCGAUGGGGACGGUAUGGUGACGUCGAUCGCGAUCAAGGAUGGGAAGGCGUACUUUCGGAACAAGUUCGUGCGCACGGAGCACUUCGAUAAGGAGGAGGAACUCGGGAAGUAUACCGAACCGAGCAUCUUCACCGCGAGCGAUCCGAGAAAGCCUGCGUUCUUUUAUAGAUUGUUUAACGAUAUUUUGGGGGGGGAUCUCUCGCGUAAGCAAAACGGGGCGUACAACGUGUUGAACUGGGGCGAUUCGCUCGUCGCCGUGGAUUACAAAAAACCGUACGCGUUGAACCCGGAUACUUUGGAAACUAUCGGUCACGGUGCGUGCGAUUUGUCUUCCGUCAUGCACACGUCUCACUACCGCACUGUCACCGAGCCCGAUGGUAGCCGUCGUUGCGUGGCGUUCUUGAAUGAAGUCGACUGGCGCGCCAACGCUGGCGUCGGGACUACGAAAGCCGUCUUCUAUGAGUUUGACGAACAAGGCAAGGAAGUGUCUCGUCGUGCGUACGACUACCCGGCUUCAUACGUGCACGAUUUGGUCGUCACCGAAAACUACUACAUCUUGUUCGAUUGCCCGAUCAAGAUAGAUUUCCCGGCCGUCUUCACAAAGUACAUCUUUGAAAGAUCGUGCUUGUCCGAGCUCAUCUGCGAAGACACCGAACGACGCCCAUUAUUCCGUAUUUUCCCGCGCCGUGGUGAUUCGAGAGAAGUUCAAACCGCUCCGGCCGAUUAUUGGUGCUACGCCUACCACCAUGUGAACGGUUUUGAAGAUAAGGAUGGCAACGUCGUCUUCGACACGUGUACUUGGGAUAAGUUCACGUUGUACUUUACCGAUAUUUGCAACCCGAACGGUAAGGACAACUACCCGCGUAUGAAGUUGAGCCGAUUCUUGAUUGAUAUGAAGAAGCUCGAAGCCAAGCACACUGAGUUAAGCGACGUUCCGUGCGAGCUCCCGAUUACUAGCUGGGACUACACUGGGGCGCCGUAUGAGCACAUGUACCUCAGCACCUCCGUCGGUCGAACCGCAGAAGGUGUCAACGGCCCGAUGCAGGCGCUCACCAAGGCGUCGCUCAAAUCUGAUGGUGAUAAGCUCUACUACGAGGAACAGUGGGUGCCGGGUGACAGAAAGUUCGCCAUGGAGCCCUUCUUCGUGCCACGGCCUGGAGGCACGGCGGAGGACGAUGGUUGGGUCGUCGCGCUCGUCCACGAUGCUGCGUACGAUAAGAGUACGUUCGGUGGUCGUGGUACCGAGAUGGUGAUCAUUGAUGCUCAAAAGUUCUCCGAAGGUCCGGUCGCGCGACUUCGCUUGCCCACGUACGUGCCGUUCGGCGUGCACGGUUCGUGGAGCCCGAAGUACGUCGCGGGUCCGCCCAAGGAAGACGAGCUUGCGAGAUUAGCUGAGAUGCGCGCGAGAAACGACGGCAAGGCCAUCAGUCUCGGCGCGAGUGCGGCAGAACCGGUGAUUCACAACACGCCGACGCCGCAGGCGAUCGGUCUGACCGUCGCCGGUAUCGCCCUCGGCAUCACCGCGUUCAGCACGAUUCUUCAAUAAGUCGAUUCGUGUCGACAAGCAAAAACUUAUUACUCGUCGUACCUU